AUGGCAAAAGAAACGGCAAAGAAGAUGAGGUGGCACAAGGAAGAAAAUAUUGAUGAUGGUGUCUUGCGACAUCCAUCCGACUCAAUAGAAUGGAAAUCUUUCAAUGAGCGUCAUCCUACUUUUUCAACUGAGUUAAGAAAUGUUAGAUUAGGUUUAGCAAGUGAUGGGUUCCAACCUUAUGGGAAUAUGAGUUCCAAUCAUAGUAUUUGGCCUGUCGUACUAGUUACGUAUAAUUUUCCACCAUGGGAUUGCAUGAAAGAACAAUAUUUCAUGAUGACACUUCUUAUUCCAGGCCCUAAGUGUCCAGGCAAUGAUAUUGAUGUAUACUUACAACCAAUGAUUGAAGAGUUGAAAGAACUAUGGGACGGGGUGGAGACUUAUGAUGCACACUCAAAAUCUAAUUUUCUUAUGCGUGUGGCUCUCCUGUGGACGAUUAAUGACUUUCCUGCAUAUGGGAACCUUUCAGGAUGGUCAACCAAAGGCAAGCUUGCAUGCCCUUGUUGCCAUAAAGACACACAAUCAGUUUCCUUACGUAAUAAGUUAUGUUAUAUGGGUCAUCGUCGCUUCCUUCCCAUAAACCAUCCAUGGCGUAGAAACAGGGUGUUAUUUGAUGGGAAAGUGGAAAUGGGGGCUGCACCUAGCCCUUUAACAGGUGAUGAAGCACUUAUGCAAUUACAAGAUUUGGGUAAUGUGACUUAUGGCAAAGUGCAAAAGCGAAAGCGUAAUGUUUCUAACAAUGCUUAUAAUUGGAGGAAGAAGAGUAUCUUUUUUCAAUUGCCUUAUUGGAAGAAUCUUAUGUUGCGACAUAACCUUGAUGUGAUGCAUAUAGAAAGAAAUGUGUCCGAUAAUAUUUUAUCAACUGUGAUGAAUAUGGUUGGAAACACAAAGGACACGUUGAAAAGUAGAUAUGAUUUGGUGGACCUUGGAAUCAGGCAAGGAUUGCAUCCAAUUGAGGAUGGCGAUAAUAUUUUCUUACCGGCGGCAUGCUAUGCAUUGUCCCUACAAGAGAUGUUGAAGGUAUGUGAUUUCUUAGCUAAUUUGAAGGUUCCAGAUGCCUUUUCAUCAAACAUUUCAAGGUGUGUUAACAUACUUGAGAAAAAGAUACAUGGAUUAAAGUGUCAUGAUCAUCAUGUAUUAUUACAAGACAUUUUUCCAGUAUCUAUACGUGGUUUGUUGCCUAAGGAAGUCUGUGAACCAAUUAUAGCCUUAGCCAAAAUUUUCAAGAAUCUAUACUCUAAGUUCUUGACAAUUGAAGAUCUUGAUAUCCUAGAGGCUGAAAUUCCUAUCAUAUUGUGCAAACUUCAAAUGGUUUUUCUUCCGGCGUUCUUUGAUGUCAUGAUUCAUUUGACAAUUCACUUGGCAAGAGAGGCAAAGCUUGGUGGACCAGUUCAAUAUCGGGAUAUGUACCCUAUUGAGAGAAAUGACGAUGGAUCUAGGUCAAAGGGUGAGAUGUCCAUCUUUAAAAACAGUGGGCAACCAAAAGGUGCUGCUACAAAUAGCAAGAAGCUACCUCAUGAAGAGUUCAACCAAGCAUGCAUGGAAUACACGAGAGAGAUUGAAAGUCAAGGAUCAAUGAGAGCUCAUAGGAUGCAUAACAAUGAGUUUCUUGAUUGGUUUCGUGCACGUAUAUUUGUGUUAUCUGCACAAGGAUGCGCAAAUGAUGAUCUCAUAAGCCCAUUGGUUCAUCGAUAUUCAACAUUUAUGGUGAAUGGAUUUAGAUUUCAAACAAAAGAGCUUGUGAGAAAAACACAAAACAGUGGAGUUCUUGUUAGAGGAGAUGAUUUAGACCCUAAUAAGGAGUAUUAUGGUGUAUUAGAGGACAUUUAUGAGUUGUCUUAUGUGGGGAACAUGAAAGUUUACCUAUUCAAGUGUCAUUGGUGGGAUGUGGCUCGCCUAGGAAGAGGAUAUAAGAUUGACAAAUAUGGUUUUACAAGUGUGAAUACUCAUUGUGCCUUGAAUACAAAUGAGCCAUUUGUGUUGGCGUCUCAGUCCGAGCAAGUCUUUUACUUGAAUGACAUGGUCAAUAAAGAUUGGCUUGUUGUUGUAAAGACAAAUCCUCACAACCUUUUCAAUAUUCCUGAAGGUGAAGAUGAAGCAUUACUUAACGAAGAAGUUUAUCAACAAGAGGAAGUUGAAUGUAAUAUUUUGCGUACCAAUGACCAAGAAACUGAGAUUGAGGUGUCUUUACAUAGGGAUGAUAUUGAACCACAAACUGUUUUGCGUACCAAUGACCAAGGAAAUGAGGAAGAUGAUUAA